AUGGAGCCUAUCCGAAACGUUGCACUCUUGGGGAAAGGAUGGCUGGGAUCCGCAGUCUUAGAGCAGCUCGUGAAUACGGGCUUUCAAGUUACGGUCUUGAGUCGCACAGCUCGCUCCGUGGAUGAACCCCCUUCUAGCGUCAAGACUGUGCAAGUCGACUAUUCGUCUAUCGACAGUCUUGUAACUGCUCUCCAGGGUCAGGAUGCCGUGGUUUCUACUGUCGGUUCAUCUGGUAUUAGCACACAGAAGACGGUCAUCGAUGCCAGCAUCCAGGCUGGCGUUAGACGCUUCAUCCCUUCCGACUUUGGGGCGCUUACCACCAGACCUGGAGGAGAGUCACUUCCACUCAACGCCUUAUGGAUAGACAUCCAGAAUUAUCUCAAAGAAAAGGCGCUUAGCGGACAGAUAGAGUACACACUCUUCGCUGUUGGGCCCUUCCUGGAAUUUGUCAUGUCGAUGCCGUUCUUGACCGACCUGCAGACUCAAACUGCUCCACUGUAUGACAAUGGUGUGCAUACUUUCAGCUCAACUAGUGUGUCAAGUGUUGCGAAAGCCGUUGCUGGUGCUUUGAAGAAUGCUGCAGCGACCAAAAACCGCCUGGUUAGCGUUCACGACAUUGUCUUGACUCAGAACAAAGUUUUGAAUCUGGCAAGGAAGUAUUCGGGGCCUGAUGUCAAAUGGAUUGAGAAUCCAGUGGAUGCAGCGGCUGAGCUUGAGACAAUUCUUGAAAAUACCAAGCAGGGCGACCUCGAUCUCUUCAAAACACUAGCGCUGCUGAAAGCUGCGCUCUUGGGUGGCAAAUUCGAAGCCGAGUUCAAGACUUUGGAUAAUGACCUUGUCGGAGUGCGCCCUCUUUCUGAUGAUGAAUUUGAGAAGAUCUUUGCCACAGCUUUUAAUCCAGGCCAGAUGUUUGCACAGGAGGAUCUUCAGGCAAACGUUGAAGGGAUUCAAGGCGAGGCUUAG